AUGUUGUCCCGGUUGAGUGAGCUGUUGUGGGCCGACUGGAUUUGGUUUCCUAAAGGCCACGGAUGGGCUGACCUGAAGGACGGCGAUGGCAAAGUCUUCCCGAAACCGCGGGACCUCUGGGCUACUGUACCCAUCGCUCUCUGCUUCCUGGUCAUCAGACAGAUAUUCGAAAGGACGGUAGCACUUCCUCUUGCCUCCCUGCUGGGAGUGAGUGACAAGAAGCGUGUUCGUGCUUCUCCAAAUCCCGUCCUGGAGGCCUAUUUCUGCAGCACAUCAAAGCACCCCACUCAGAGCUCCAUAGAGAGUUUAUGUAAACAGACGGGCUGUUCAGUGCGACAGGUCCAGAGGUGGUUCAGGCGGCGGAGAAACCAGGAGCGGCCGAGCAAACUUAAAAAAUUCCAGGAAGCAAGUUGGAGAUUUACCUUUUACCUUAUUGCUUUCUUUGCUGGCCUGGCAGUCCUUGUUGACAAACCAUGGCUCUAUGAUAUGAGGACGAUGUGGGAUGACUUCCCGAAAAUGCCACUGUUGCCUUCGCAGUACUGGUACUACAUGAUCGAAUUAGGCUUCUAUAUCUCGCUGCUUGUUAGCGUAGCAUCGGAUGUCAAACGUAAGGAUUUCAAAGAGCAGAUAAUUCACCACAUAGCCACCAUUGUCCUCAUCAGUUUCUCCUGGCUGGUCAACUACAUCCGGGGAGGGACUUUGGUCAUGUUGGUGCAUGAUGCCUCCGACUAUCUAAUGGAGUCAGCCAAAAUGUUCAACUACGCAGGCUGGAGGAAAACCUGCAACUUCAUCUUCACCCUGUUCGCUGCAGUUUUCAUCGUCACCCGCCUCGUAAUCCUCCCAUUCUGGAUUAUAUAUUCGACGUGCAUUUACCCCCUGACCCUCUACCCACCCUUCCCCGGCUUCUACUUCUUCAACGGGCUAAUGUUGGUGCUGCAGACUCUGCACAUCUUCUGGGCCGUGCUCAUCUUGCGCAUGGUUGUCAAAUUCCUGCCAGGCAACGACAUUGUUGAGGAUGAGCGGAGCGACAAAGAGGAGACCGAGUCAGAUGAGGACGGCGAUGACCAUGAGCAGAGGGAAAAGUCUAAAAACGGCCACGUGCAGAACGGCCAUACUCCCCUCAACAACAACCACAAUAAGAUGGACUGAUUGGACAGUGAGAGCUGGAGAUGAGGCGAUGGGCACGCAUAUGUGGCCCUGACCUGAGAGCCAAAGAAUGGGAGCGUGGCAUCUUGAAAAAGGGGCAGCAGGCAGCACACAGAAAUAUACACACUUUAUCUAGAACUUCCUUUCUGAAUGUGGAUCAUUUCACAGAAGAGAGGAAGACUGCAAUGAACCACAAUGAUCUGCUUAGUGAGCUAAGCAGCAGAGUGGUUUUCUUUCACACCUUCUCUUUUCUCUUCCCACUUAGUCUGUCAUGCUAUUUGCCAAGGUUUUCUGCUGUUGACCAAGUUGCCACAUGCCGAAUCUGCCUGCUUGUAGCUUUGUUUUUGGUACUAGAAGUGUUUUAAAGGGAUUCUGUGGUUAGGACAGGCGUUCCUUUCCUGCACAGUUAGUUAAAACACUUCUAAGUGUUACUGCCCUUUAAACCUGACUGAUUUUGCUCUAAUAACUACACUUACUAAGUGAGUGACAUCAUGAGCAGCAUAAAGCCAGGGAGAUAAACUCACUGUUUAACCACAAUGGGCACAACCCGGACGCGGCAUACGUGUGGUUAAAAACAAGUUUAUCUCCAGCCUAAAGGUGAACGAGGUGAUGUCUUUCUGUGGACUACAGUUUAUUUACUGUAAGUCCAGAGUUUCAAUUAAUAAUGAAUUUGUGCACAUCAGUUUUUGCAGCUGACAUUUUGUCACUUUGGUUCCUGCAAAAGAUAUAUUUGUUUAAAUGAUGUUUAAAACAAAAUAAUUUGAGGUAAAUGUUUUUUUUAACAGUCUGACAGAGAGAGAGAGAGAGAGAGAGAAGGUGCUACAUCUGCUAUGUGUGUUGAAAUGUGCCUUUUUGUGGAAGGUUGUCUUAAGUUCUACGUCUCUUGGAAAGAAGAACGCACAGAUCAUUUUAAGUGUUUGUUUUGUUUAUGCUCAAUAUCCUUUUUAGUUGUGAUUUUAUUUGUUUUCUGUCCAGUUAACGGUUUAAAUUUGGGAGCAAUUUGUUGAGUGUAACCCAAAACCAAUCAGUAACUGUUUAUGAAUUCUUUAUGGGCUGGACGAGUCAAUAGCAUUUCCAUUCAGUGUUGUUUUCAUCCAUCCAAAGAUGCACUUUAUGGUUUCUUCUAUGGAUCAGCAUUGACUAAAUAUCUAGUAAACGAGUUAGUAAUAGUGUUUGAGUGCAAACCUGAUUUAUUGUUUAGUUUAGAGUGGUUUAAGUGUACGAUUUAAAUUUUGUUACCCAAGAUCUUCCUCAUUGUCAGUCUUGGUUCAUUUUGUAAAAAGGAAAAAGAAACGUUUAAUGAAAUCUUAAGUAAAGAGGUAAAAAUGAAACACCAAAGUAUGGUUUACAUUUUGUACUACCUUGUAAUUUGCAAGUGCCUUCAUCAUUUCACGUGUUCAUUGUAAAGAAAAAUAAUUUCUGUUCCAUUGUCUUUAUUUCUGCUGUCUUUGUGCCCCAACACAUCCAACAGUCGAUGCACUGUAACGCUCUGGGCCUCUAACUUUCCUCAGCUCACGACGACCAAUUACCUGCAGCUCCCUCUAAAGAGCUUCGCUUCUAAAGAAAGUGUUUUUAUUCUGCGUAAUGUGUUGCUGAGAUGUAAAAUCAUAAUGACGAUGAUAAAGAUAAGUGUGGUUAACUA